AUGGCAUCACGAUCGCUGGGCGAGCGACUGCUCCGUCCCUCGACCUUUACACGCAUACCACAGUCCUCGAGACAGACAACACCAUCCUGGACAUGUCAACGAACCAUAUCGAAAUCGCCAAGACAACCUGCGCAGCCACAGAGAAAGCAAGCAGACCAAAACUACGUUCCCGAGCGAGCAGCCGCAAGUCCACAGCCCACCCAGAGUGAGACGUCACAGACAAUCGACUCCAUGCUAGGCGGUACGACCACAAACAGGACACCGUAUAUGCCACGGGGCGCAGCGCCUACCUCACCAGCCAACCGCGUCUUUGGAGAAGCCUUCGCGGGCACCCAGAGCAGACGGCCUGCCCACAAGCCAGGCCUGAAUUUCGACGACAUGGCAUUGUCCGACGACAUAGCCAACCCAAGUCUUGCCAACAAGCCUUCCGGUGCGGCAUCGCUCGCUGUACAACAGGAAGAGACGUUUUCUCAGUUCCCACGCUUGAACCCCGUAUACGGACGUACUGUAGAGUUGGAUCCUAGCCGCGGACGUGAUAUGGUGAGGGGUAUUGGCAUGCUGGGGAGUUUGAUGGCAAGGAACCAAGUCAAGCGCGACUUCAACAAACAGAGAUUCCACGAGAGAGGCGGAUUGAAGAGGAAGCGGUUGGCGUCGGAGAGGUGGAGAGCGAGGUUCAAGAAGGGCUUCCGCGACGUGACCAACCGGGUGACAGAACUGACGAGGAAGGGAUGGUAA